UAAAAAUACCAACUACUACUCAAAAUGUAACAACAGAAUUACCAAAUGCAACUGAAAAUGUAACAGUAGAAAUACCUACCACAAUUAGAAACAUAACAGAAGUACUUACAACACAAAAUAUGACCAUAGAAAAUAUUACUGAACCCAUCACAGCAGGACCUGUUACAACAGAACCCGUCACAACAGCGCCAGCCCCAACCCUCACCACAAAUAGCACUCUCUCAUUUGCAUGGGUCAGAACAGUGCUGAGAAUCCACCGUGAUGAUCCAGAAGACGGUGAUGUCAGAACUCCUGAAUUUUUCGAAAAGAUGGAGCUCCGUCUCGCAAAUGCAUUUGUGAAAGCCUACGACCGCAGCGAGGCAAUCAAAAAUGGAACAUACACCCCGUUGUUAUCCCAAGCUGAGGAGGAGAAUCUCGCACAGAGAACAAAGCGUGCAGUAAAAGUCAGUGAUGUUGAGGUCCAGUUGGUGAACAGUACAAGAGAGGGAGGGAAUAAUGUGUCUCUUGUCUACUACCAUACAAAGAAUAAUUCCAUUGUGCCAACUGAUGAUGCUGUAGCAGUGCUUGGUCUCAUCAAUGAACAUGAGAUGAUUCUCCUCAUGGGACACUCUGUAGCAGUAGUUGUGGAGCCAUUCUUCCCACCAUUCCCACCUAUAGACCAAAAGCUAUGGAUCAUUGGUGUUGUGAUAGGUAGUCUGUUAGUAUUGAUCGGAAUCAUAUGGUGUGUGAUGUUCAUGUACUGCAAGAUGUGUAGACCUCCAAAAACACCAAGCAGUCCUAGGCCCCAAAGAUUAAGCAAUAGUGGUGGAGAUGUUAAACCUUUAGGCUCGGAGAAAAAUGGGUCACAAAAGGCCACUCAAAAAACUGCUCUAGCAUCCGAAGCUCAAAGUUUUAGUGCGCCUGGUGAAAAGCUUCAGAAUGUUAGAGGAGAAAUACCUACUCCAGUAAAACAACGAGACCUGAAACGUUCACCAGAUCACGGUCAAAGCCGUGUCGGAAGACAAGGUCAAGGUCGAGUUAAACCAAGAGCUGUAGAAAGAGUUAGAAAAGAUGAUGACAACGAUUCAGGUAUGACAGAAGAAAGUUACGGGUCACAGGAACAACUUUAUCCAUCACGUACUAACAGCCGUCGUAAGUUACCGAAUAGGCCUAAAAAAUCCACUAAAAAACCCAGGCAGGAUGAGGAGGAUGAUGGUAGUUUGACUGAAUAUUCCUCUGGUGAUGAUGAAAACAAAGCUGGUAUGUUUGACCAUGUUGCGAGAAUGUCAUAUGUUAAUGAGAAGCCUAAAGAGCCCCUACAUACAUCUACACAUACCAUACGUCUCCCACCACUGGUACAACAGCCACUUGUGGGGACCAGCUCUAGGCUGGGAGAUUCCUUUAAGGAACAAGAUGAGCUGAACAGUUCUCUGAGACAGAAGGCUGACAUUGAGCACUACAGGAAUAAACAGAGGCAAAGAUCUAGGAAAUAUAAGAAACCACCAGCUACUGCUGACAAAAUCAAGCAGAGAAAUGCCUACAACAAGGCACAGAGAGACAUUGCAAACAUCCUAGAUGACCCAAGUGGAAAAUCAAAGAAAAAGAAGAAGCGAGCCCACCGAGAGUGUGGAAAACGAGGAAGUUAUGAUGUCACGGCUGCCACGUUAUCUGACCCUGGUGGCCGCUACACUUCAAGCAAACCUGCAUUUGAGGAAAUCCCAUCUAUGGAGGAUGAUGAUGUGGAUAGUGGUACAGAGCAUGAAACUUUACAGGACGCUCGCUUCAGAAUGCACCAACUGCUUGAUGACGCCUUCUCAAUGCUUUCACCAUCAGCCAGACAUAACAGAGUAGGUCCCCACUCAACAUCCUCUAGUCCUAUCACCACCUCUAAAGGACCCCUUGGAUCAUCCCAAAUGAACCGAUCAAGCUCUGCGCGUCAUCGAAGACGCCAAAGAUCGGCACACACUACGCCUGGGACUAGUGAUAGGGAAUCAACAUCAAAUGGGGAGAAACCAGACAGGCUCUUCUCUAAAACCAACCCCAAACUUGGCUGGGGAACUGAUCAACCCAAAGAAGAUAUGGGACCAAAGCAUACACCACUAUUCAUUACUCCCAUGACCAAGAAGAAGGAUGAAUAUGGGAACAUAAUGUGGAGUCCAUAUACGGCAGCUGAUGAGACCUCACGCAUCUCACCUACCAAGGAAAUGGCUUAUCUCCCAGGCACUAUGGGAUCAUUGAAAAGCACUCCUAUAUCAAACCAGCCCCAGAAUCAUAUACCACCAGACCAGAGGACCCCCGUUGGACCACCUUAUAAACCCCAAGCUUUUAACCAAUCCUGUAACUCAGAACCAAUGAACCAGUCAUAUCAAUCAGGACCACUUGGCCAGUCGAAUAAUUCGUACAGCACUGGUCCACUUGGCCAAUCUUAUAAUUCUGGUCCACUUGGCCAAUCUUAUAAUUCUGGUCCACUCGGCCAAUCAUAUAACCCUGAUACCCUUGGCCAGUCCUAUAAACCAGAGACAAGUCAGACAUAUUCCCCUAAGACUAAAUCAGGGGAUGAUUAUACAAGCCUACGAAUGACUAGUCAGUUAAUAAGUCCAUAUGCAUCAGGCCAGCAAAUACCAAUGACAAACCUGAGAGUGCCAUCACCUCCAGAGAGAGACACUGGGAGUGAUUCUAGGACCCACUCAGUACAUAUGAGGCCAAAUCCUCUCUUGCAUCAACAAAACUCUUACGGAUUCCAACCAAUCAAAUCUGACAUUGCUGAAUCUAGCUUUAAUCAACCAACCAAGCAUGGGCUUGCUAAAUCUGAUGACCAAUCAGAAGGAUCAAAACAAAGGACUAGCCCUAUUGGUGCUUUAAGUAACCAAUCAGAGCAAAGGAAAAAUGUAGGUGGAGCAAUAGCAGAAGGAAGAGAUGAGAUUGACAUUGCUCAGAGUUUGAAAGUUGGUAACUCCCCCCAACCUCUUGUAAGCUCAAUAAGGGAAGAACUGUUAAGGCUGUCUCAAAAAGCAGGCUGGAGUCCAAGGUCUACUAAAAUAGUCAACUUUAAUGAAACAACUUAACAUUAUGUAUUACAUUAUAGAUAUGGCUUAAAAGAGGUUAUCUAGCUGGCCAAGAGGCCUCUUCUUCAGGAGGAUACUUCUCCUUUGGAAGACAUAAUAUAUUGCAGGCCUAUUGUCUUAAUUCUAAUUAUAAGAUCAUUUAUAAAAUGUUACCAAAAAUAUCAUUUAAUAUAUGCCACUGCAGACACUUUAA